AUGAAGUUCUCAACAUAUAUAAUAAUAUCUUUAUUUUCAUCCCUUUCGCAUGCAAUUUGGCUCGACACCAAUAAUGAAACAACUAUCCGUGAGGAUUGUAACAUCAUUGCCAAAGGUCUAUUGGAUUAUUACGAUGGUAAUAAAUAUGGUGGUGUGAUUGGUAUGUUUUCUUGGCCCUACUAUUGGUGGGAAGCCGGUGGUGCAUGGGGUUCAUUGAUAGAUUACACAUUUUAUUUUGAUAAUGACACUUUAGUUCCUCUUAUUACUGAGGCAUUAUUAUACCAAACGGGUGAUGACGACAAUUACAUUCCUUUAAAUCAAUCUACUACUGAAGGUAAUGAUGAUCAAGCGUUUUGGGGUAUAGCUGUAAUGGCAGCAGCAGAACGUAAUUUCACCAAUCCAAAAGACUCAACUAAAGCGUGGUUAACUUUAGCUCAAGCUGUUUUCAACACUAUGCAAGCAAGAUGGGAUACAGAAGAAUGUAAUGGUGGAUUGAGAUGGCAAAUUUUCCAAUGGAAUUCUGGUUAUGAUUACAAAAACUCGGUUUCCAACGGUGCACUUUUCCAUUUGGCGGCCAGAUUAGCAAGAUACACCGGUAAUGAUUCGUAUGUUGUAUGGGCAGAAAGAGUUUGGGACUGGAUGUACGGAGUUGGUUUAUUGACGGAACAGAAUUGGUGGUUUGUUUAUGAUGGGGUUAAAGUUGCCAACAAUUGUUCUAAUAUCACAAAAUACCAAUGGAGUUAUAACCAAGGUCUUAUGUUAGCAGGAUGUGCAUAUUUGUACAAUUACACCGAAGAAGAGAAAUGGUACAAUUAUACAAUUAAAUUAUUAGAAAGUGCUCAAGUGUUUUUCAAGAAUAUCACUGGAAGUAUGGUUAUGUAUGAAGCUGCUUGUCAACCUUCAAAUUCAUGUAAUAAUGAUCAGAGGUCAUUCAAGGCGUAUUUUUCACGAUUCCUUGGGUUAACAUCGGUAUUGGUACCUCAAACUGAACCUGUCAUCACUAAAUGGUUAGUUGACUCAGCAAAUGCGGCUGCUGGUUCGUGUACUGGUGGUUCAGAUGGGGUUACCUGUGGAUUGUCGUGGACUAACUGGUCGGAAGGUUGGGAUGGUAAAUGGGGGUUAGGUGAACAAAUGUCAGCGUUGGAGGUGAUGCAAAAUUUGAUGGUUCAUAAACGUCCAGCUCCUUACACAGCAGAUACAGGUGGUUCCUCCAUUGGUAAUCCUGCAGCAGGUUAUGGUAAACUUACUAGUGAUGCAACACCUUUAUCGAUAGAUGGUGGUGAUAGGGCCGGGGCAGGUAUUAUUACAGCUAUCAUUGGUGCUUCUUUGGUAGGUUCCUGUGUGUGGUUGAUAUUGUAG